CAAAAAUGUAAGCGGAAAAGAAAAGGGGGGAGGGGAAAAAAGAGUUUCCUGCGUAGACCCCCGUUUCGUUUUGCUUUGUGAAAAAUUUGGGGGUUUUCCACCUCUUCUCAUUCUCGGAGUCGAAGAUGGUCUAGAACCAGCGUCCAUCUCCCCCAUCCACGCCUUCGGACUACUGUGACUGUCCUCUUCGAUGGCGUCGGACUCUUUGAUCAAUCAGAUUCAUCACCUUUUCAACAGAUUCAACGCUCUUUUGACGGCCAAGAUUUCCGAUCUAGUGCUCGUCUUGUCCAACCAUAAGAGUGCUGGUUCAAUUGGUGCUCUUGCGGGACUUGCUAUAGCUAUAGUUUUCACAUGGAAGUUCUUGAAAACCCCUGAUAGACACCGGAGAAGGCAACAGAAACGAAGGGGUUCUUCGUCAAAUAUUGGUGCUGAGAAUCCAGCACAUAAUGUUGCACCUAGUUCUGAAGAGAGUCAUCUCUUGAAUGCAAUGGGUCACACAGAAAUUGAAGAAUUUCAUCCUCCCAUGAAGCAGCUGAGCCUGGGUCAAAUUGUAAGGAAGAAAUUAAAUGGUGGUAAAAAGAUGACGUGUCAGCUGCUUGGUGUCAUCCUCGAAGAGCGUACACCAGAAGAGCUGCAGAAGCAUGCAACAGUGAGACCAUCAGUGGUGGAAGUUCUGUUGGCAAUUGCUAAGUAUUGUGAUCUUUACCUCAUGGAAAGGAUCCUUGAUGAUGAGAGUUCGGAAAUAGUUCUUUCAGCUUUGGAAACUGCAGGCCUUUUCACAACUGGCGGACUGAACAAGGACAAGGUUUUGUUUUGUAGCACAGAAAAUGGUAGAACAUCCUUUGUUAGACAGCUUGAGCCAGAUUGGCAUGUUGAUUCAAGUUCAGAGAUAGUCUCUCAGCUUGCUCGAUUCAUAAGGAACCAACUUCAUGUUUCCCCGGCUGGAUCAAGCUACAUGGCGCCAAACAUUUUCAGCUCAAUUAGUUUAGAGCAGUAUUUCUCAAUCAUGGACCAAAAUUGAGUAGUUUGUGACUGGAUAAUUUUGUAUUAGCCAUGUAAUCCUUGAGUUGACUUUGAGGCCCAUGUUCAUAUGUAUGCACUUGGAUGUGGACUCUUGUACUCCCAUGUAAGCUAGAGAAAGCUCAUCUGUAAAAUAGUGUGCAAAUUCGUUGGUCCUUUUACCUUCAA